GCUCCGCCCCUUCAGAUACGUAUUGUUGCUUACUGAUAACAAAGAUGGCGGACGGACCCGCGUAAAUUGACGAUCCCAUUGAGGUGAGAACCUGCUGUUAAUGUUGACCAAGACAUCCCAGGACAGGUGAUCAUAAAGAAGAAACCAUGUCAUAUGAGGAAAUAAAAGAAAUGGGGAUGGAGGGAGACAGAGGACUCAUUGCCGGGCGAAGCCAGAGGGAGAAGAGGAGGUCCUACAAGGAUCUGUUACGAGAGGAAGAGGAAAUCGCUGCCCAGGUACGAAAGACAUCCAAGAAAAGGCCGAAGGAUUCAGAACUUUUCAUGUUGGGUGGGGACUCGCACAAAAAGAAGAAAAGGCAUAGUGAUGACUACUAUUACAGGGACCACGAGGGCUCAGCUCCACCUCUUCAUAAGAAAAAGCACAAGUCUGCAGAACGCUCUCCACCUCUUCAUUCCCCGUCAUCGUCACAUUCGACAGAUACAGCGAUGGGCCUCCUUCAGGCCAUUACCUCUCCCCUUGCCACAGGCUCAGACCCCAGUCCUCAUUUGCACAAGAAACCCUCCUACCCGCCCUUCUCCUCGCACUCCUCCAAAGAGCGGAAGCGUGAGAGCGGGAGCAGCGGGAGCAUCAAAGGAAGCCACUCCUUCUCACACUCCAAGUCCGUGUCCUCUUCCUCCAAGAAGCACUCGUCAUCAUCUUCAAAGUCGUCUCUCUUUCAUGGCGGAGUUCCCAAAGAAGAGCCUUUGACUUUACGUGAGGCUGACGGGCUGAAAAUGAAGCUGAUCAUGUCUCCAGAGAAGGAGGAACCGGAGGGCUUCCCGUUUGUGUCGCACUCAUCCAAAAGUGGAGGGCGCAAAGAAAAGGACAAGGAAAGAGGGCAGACGUCAAAGUCCCCCAAGAAGAAGCUGCAGCAGAGUAAAGAGCCUCUCCCUAUUGUGGGGAAAGAGGUGGAGGUGGAAGGUCACUACGGAGGGGGCAUGGGGGAUGACAGCUCUUCGUCUGGGGGAGAGCUGGAGGCUGGCGAGCUGGUUAUAGAUGAUUCGUACUCGCACAUGUCUAAAAAGAAGAAGAAGAGCAAAAAAAGCAAGAAGAAAAAGGACAAAGAAAAGGACAGACAGGAGAAAAGCGGAAAAGAAAAGAAGCACAGCAAAGGAUUUGGAGACUCCUCAAGAAGCCACAGUCACUCCCAUCCCACUGUGAGCCACAGCGCUGUCGGUCCAAUGUACGCCAUGAGCAAAGUGACCACCCCCCACCACCAAGGCAACAACACAACAGCAGAGAAGAAGAAGAAGAAAAAAGAUGACAAAGACAGAGAGAAGCAUGAGAAGGAUAAAGAAAAGCCCAAGAAGAAGAACACGACAGCAUACCAGGUGUUUUGUAAGGAGUACAGGGUCAACAUAAACGCCGAGCAGCCUGGACUUGACUUUGGGGAACUUAGCAAGAAGCUGGCUGAGGUGUGGAAGUCGAUGCCAGAGAAAGAUAAGCUUGUCUGGAGGCAGAAAGCUCAGUACCUGCAGCACAAGCAGAACAAAGCGGAGGCCACUACCGUGAAACACAAAAGCAGCAUCGAUGUUAAAAGCAAAGCUGCGGGCGCAGGAGCAGCGAUGGUGUCACCCACCCGAACGCCGAGCACCAUGUCCCUGUCCCCCGCCCGGGUACCAGACGUCGACCCCAUCGAUGCGGCGGCUCACCUGCAGCUGCUGGGAGAGUCUCUGUCUCUGAUUGGCCAUCGGCUUCAAGAAACAGAGGGCAUGGUGGCGGUGUCGGGGAGUUUGUCUGUUCUGCUGGACUCCAUCCUGUGUGCGCUGGGCCCGCUGACCUGCCUCACCGCACAGAUACCACAGCUAAACGGAUGUCCUCGAAACGUCCUGUCAAACACCUUGGAUAACAUCGCCUACAUCAUGCCUGGACUGUAAGCGAGGAUCGUGAAUUUGAACUGACGUGCUGUCGACGGUCCAUUGCCAGGGAAACCCUCGGACUUUAAGCUUGGCACCAAAUCUGUACAUUUCUCGUACUGACAUGUUUUUAAAGUGUAUUUUUUUAGGAACGUCUCCCUUUUUCUAAUCACUGAACAUCUGAAGUCCGACUUUGUCCAGAGUUUGCUGUUGUUCGCGUCCCUUCUGCUCGAUUUUACUGUUCAACAGUGCGUUUUAUGAACAGAUGUUUGCUUUUAUGUCGUGUUGGAAGAACGCGUGUGAAGAGCGACUGUGAGAAGUAUGUCUGAGUUUUUUUUAAAGUAAAUUAUGCCAACACAUUUUAAGUGUUCUUUCUAUUGAUGAAAGCUGUCUUUUAUUAACAUGUUCAAAGUACUUAUUUUAUAUAUCGUUGUUAAUAUACUAUGGAUGCAGGAUUUCAAUUUGGGCAGUGUAAAGGAAAAAAAAAAACUCAACAGUGCACUGUUACAUCAAACCUCCGACAUUGAAACAUUAAAAAAUUGGUGCAAAUUCC